CGAAACUGGAUCAGUGGGUAAUCUGAUUUCGUAACAACUGCGAAACGUUUUUGAAUUUAGUGCUUAUUUUUAGUGAUUUGUAACAUCAUUUGUUGGACUUCGGAACAGCUGAAAGUUUUCUGUCGCUGAACUCUGUUUUGUACGUGCUGUUAUUACGAUAAAGUUGAGAAUACUUUUAGAAAUACUCUGAGAAUAGCGUUAAAAUGCGGGAAAACUCGCAACGAUUGUCUAACAUCAUUAGGAAGUGACUGCGGCAGCAUCCAGAUUCCAGAUUGUGGUUUGUGAAAAAGCAUAGCUGUAUGAAUCUGUUCUUGGAGGAAUUCCUGUUAUAGUCAGCCAGAUUUAUUUUGUCGAUUUUGCUGGUUAUCUCUUGUCUGCACGAAAAUGGAUGGACUUAUUCUGCUGUCACUGCUUGCGCUGGCGAUGCUGGUGUGCUCGUUCAUCGCGGGAAGCCUUCCUUUGGCUGUGACGCUGUCCGAGGACAAGUUGCAGCUUGUAACAGCGCUUGGCGCUGGCCUUUUAGUUGGAGCUGCUUUGGCUGUGAUUAUUCCCGAAGGUGUUGGAGCUGUCUACUCUCACCAGAUACACGAACAUGCAAAAGAAGUUGCACCCGCAGCGAAACCGGAAGCCGCGGCGGCAGCUGCUGAGAAAGCGGAACAGCCCGCGGCCGUCCAUGUGGAGCCCCCUGAUCACGGGGAAUGGAUCGGAGCAGCGCUGGUCUUGGGCUUUGUUUUCAUGCUUCUGGUCGACCAAAUUAGUCAGAAACUCAGUGGAUCCACAGACGCGAGUAGCCGACGCAAUCAAAUUACUGCUACGCUGGGAUUAGUUGUUCAUGCUGCCGCGGAUGGGAUUGCCUUAGGAGCUAGUGCCACGACGAAGCAUUUAGAAAUGGAGAUGAUUGUUUUCUUCGCCAUCAUGUUGCACAAAGCUCCUACUGCUUUUGGUUUAGUAACGUUUCUCCUCCACGAAGGCCUGGAACGUACCAAAAUUCGGAGACACUUGUUAAUAUUUUCUUUAUCCGCUCCUGUUGGAGCUUUGGUGACCUAUCUACUGAUAUCUCAGGGAAGUUCAACAAUGUUGGACAGCACAAGCGGGUUGGUGUUGUUAUUCAGCGGUGGAACCUUUCUGUACGUGGCGACAGUUCACGUAUUACCAGAGAUUUCUCACUCCCCGCAUUCCAGUAAUUCUGCAUUACCUAGCAAUCUGGACAUGUCCCACUCGGGUGUUCGACUUCCUAAAUCUCAUUUACUGGCACUGAUAGUUGGUGCUAUAUGUCCAGUUUUCUUAAACUUUGGUCAUAGUCAUUGAAUGUUUUGAACUUUUAAUAAUUACAAGUCAUAUUAGUUUAUGACGUAUUUAUUUUUAUGUGUACUUCUCGUGCACAAGCCGUUCUUCCUAUGAUGCAAUGCGAUUUUUAUAGAAAUUUAUCUCGUAAUUGCUGUUUUAAAAUCUUUUAGCCUUAUCCGAACAGUGUGUUAUGAUUUUGGAAACCUCGAAGAACAUUCUUGAGAUUUUGGA